CUUUCCUAAGCAAAGACAGGAGUUGAGUGCAUUGACCGGAGAAGCAGCACACAGCAGACGAGACAGCGGAGAUGAUGGCGCCCUCGCACGCGCUCGCCGUCGCGCUCAUCGCUCUGCUCGCGCCGCAGCAGUCGGCAGGAUUCUGGCUUUUUAACGUCAUCUUUCCUCCGAACGCCGAACCACGCGGGGGGAGCAACAGCACGCCGCCUCUGAUCAUCGUGCCGGGGAAUAUCGGCAACCGCCUCGAAGCCAAAAUAGACAAGCCCACACUGGUUCACUGGUUCUGCUACAAGAAAACAGAGGACUGGUUUCCUCUGUGGAUCGACCUCAACAUGUUCAUGCCCAUUGGUCUCGACUGCUGGAUUGACAACAUAAGGAUCGUGUACAACCGAACGACUCGCAAGACGUCCAACUCUCCAGGAGUGGAAGUACGAGUCCCUGGAUUUGGCCAGACGCACACUGUAGAGUUCCUGGAUAACAACAAUCUGGCAGGUUAUUUUCACACCAUGGUUGAACAUUUGGUCAGGAUUGGCUAUGUACGCAAUAAGACUGUUCGAGCAGCUACUUAUGACUGGAGGAUUGCGCCAAAUGAGCAGGCUGAGUAUUUUGAACGGCUGAAGAGCCUGGUGGAGGAGAUGCACGAUGAGUACAAGCAGCCCGUCCACCUGCUGGGCCACAGCAUGGGCAGCCUUUACAUCUUGUACUUCCUCAACCAGCAAAGCCAGGCCUGGAAAGAUCGCUACGUCAAGAGCUUCAUUUCACUGGGAGCGCCGUGGGGUGGGGCUGUGAGGUCCCUCAGAGUUUUAGCAUCAGGUGACAACGAUGGCAUCCCAUUCGUGUCCAGCAUCAAGGUCCGCGAGGAGCAGCGCAUGACCACCACGAACCCUUGGAUCAUCCCGUUUGAGCAGGUGAGGCCUGAGGAUCAUGUCUUCAUCUCCACACCGUCCAUCAACUACACCUACAGGGACUACCAACGCUUCUUUAAAGACAUUAACUUUGAGGACGGUUGGUACAUGUGGGAGGACACGAAGAACCUCACAGCGGACGUCCUCGCCCCCGGGGUUGAAGUCCAUUGUUUCUAUGGUGUUGGCCGACCCACACCAGUCACCUACAUCUACGACGAGCAGUUCCCGGACAGCGAUCCAGUGGACUACGUGUACGAGGAUGGGGACGACACGGUGGACAGCCUGAGCAUGAGCAUGUGCAAGCGCUGGAUAGACGAACAGGAGCAACCCGUGUACGUGACCGAAUUUAACGGCAUGCCUCACCUCGACAUGGUAUUCAACCACAACGUCCUUAAUGCUAUCCAGGAGAUCCUAGAGGGAACGUUUCCGAAGGAUGAGGCCAUUCGUACCGUUUUUGUCAAGCCGUCUCAACCACGCAAACUUAUGUCUGAGAACCCUUAAAAAGAGCUCAGCUUACGGUUUGAUGUCAUAAAUGCAUAGUGGUUCAUUUUAAAGCUGCCUGAGAGAGACGAUGUCCAUUAAGUGUUGCAAAGAAAGUUCUUUAAGAUUUGUACUUUUGUGUAUAUAUCCACAAACAUAAUCAGAUGAUAUGAAAUGCCGUUGCAAUUUGUACAGAAUUUAAAGAAUCCACAGAGGGAACAGAUUAAAUAUUCCGUAUAUUAUUAGUUGGAAGCGCAUCCGUCACCUCGUCCUUCUUUAAGCCUAGGUUCUUCUAUGACUCAGUGUCACCACCUGCUGGACAAAAAAACACACUGCUGGGCAAUUUUAAGAUUAAUAUCUUUCAAUACAUAUAAUUUGUGAAGUUUUGUUAUUUUACCACAUCUAUUUUAGAAUCGAUGCUUUGGUAAACCUGGUAUAAAAGUUGUAUUUUUUUAACAGCACUAAUUUAUUUGUACACUGCUCCACCAUCUGUACCUGAACGUACAGUUUGGAUGUACACUCAAUGUAUCCACUAGCAUCAAAAAAUAAAGUACAUUUAUGGCAAAGAA